AUGAAAAUUGGAACAAUAAAACAUCAAUUAUCAUUGAUAUUUAUCUUACCAUUAUUAUAUAACUUAUUAAAUUAUUUUGGUAAUAUAUCUGUACGUUCAUCAAUUCCAUCAAUAUUUAUAAUAAUAUGGCAAUUAAUUCUAUUUAUAUUCAGUGAAGAUUUUUUAUUUUUUUGGAUACAUUAUUUGUUUCAUACAUGUUGGUUAUAUAAACAUAUUCAUAGAAAACAUCAUUUAUUCAAACAACCGACUGGUAUUGUUUUUGUUUUAGCUAAUCCAUGGGAAUCAUUAUUACAAAAUCAACUUGCUGUUUGGUUCGUACCAAUAUUUUUCAAAGAAAAACAUUUAUUUACAAUAUGUUUAUGGAUAUUUAUUCGUGUUUAUCAAAUAAUAAAUACUCAUUCGGGUUAUGAUUUACCAUAUAUAAGUCCUCAAUAUUAUUUUCCAUGGUUAAUGUCUGGAAGAUUACAACAUGAUUAUCAUCAUUAA